GGAGGAAGGCCUCAGCCUGCAGCUUUGAGCUGAGGCUCCCGGGGGGCAUUUGCCAGCUUCUGGCAAGGGAGGCCUCUUGGGGGUGGGGCCGGGGGAGACGGCUGCAGCAGCUGUUGCUCUGCCCCGAGCGGGGAGCCGCAGGGGCAUGGAGGGGGCCGGGGCGCAGCAGGAGGAGCAGCUGGUGCGCUGCCCCGUGUGCCUGUGGGAGCUGCCCGCCGCGCACAUCAACUCGCACCUGGACGGGUGCUUGCAGGACUCGGGGGCGGGGAGGGGCGGCGAGCCGGAGCGGAGCCCGCAGCCCUCCAGCAAGAAAAUGCGCUUUUCCGGGCUGCCGGGGGAGAGCAGCGGGGAGGAGGAGCCGGAGGGUGGGAGCGGCCCCGCCGCCCCCGUGUUUUCCCUGUUUCACAAGGGCCGGGCGGCUGUAGCCACCCCGGGAACUCCGGGCAGGGCAGUGGCGGCUCAUAGGGCAGCGCCUGCUGCAGCAGCCCGAGGUCUGGAGCCGGGGGCAGGGUCGGCUGCCAGCCCCGGGGGCCACGCGGCUGCCCUGAGCGGGGAGACCGUGGCCCAGAAGCUGGAGGGGAAGCCCCUGGCCGAUAAGCUGCGACCGGGCACCUUGGGGGACUACGUGGGGCAGGAUCAGGUGCUGGGAGAACAGACCCUGCUGCGGUCCCUGCUGGAGGCCCACGAAAUCCCCUCGCUCGUCCUCUGGGGGCCCCCUGGCUGCGGCAAGACUACCCUAGCACAUAUCAUAGCCAGCAACAGCAGGAAGAAUGGUACAAGAUUUGUGACUUUAUCAGCAACAAGUGCCAAGACAAAUGAUGUCCGAGAUGUUAUCAAGCAAGCAGAGAAUGAAAAAAGACUCCUCAAGAGGAAGACCAUCCUCUUUAUUGAUGAGAUUCAUCGUUUCAAUAAAUCUCAGCAGGACACUUUCCUUCCUCACGUUGAGUGUGGGACUGUGACGCUGAUCGGGGCAACCACUGAAAACCCUUCCUUCCAGGUCAAUUCUGCUCUUCUGAGUCGAUGUCGAGUUAUUGUUCUCAAGAAGCUCUCUGUUGAGGCGAUGGAAACGAUUCUGAUGCGGGCUAUCAAGUCCUUGGGGGUCCGGGUUUUAGGCCAAGAUGAGCAACACACUAGUUCUGCGAAUGGCAGCAACAGCAAGAGCUCUGAGUCCCCUGUGUACAUAGAGGAAAAAGCUGUAAGCACCCUAGCUUACCUUUGUGAUGGUGAUGCAAGAACUGGACUGAAUGGACUCCAGUUGGCUGUUCAAGCCAGAUUAACUGCAGGGAAAACCUCUCAUCAGGCUAGCGCACAAGGUUGCUCUGUGGAUGGAGUUCUUAUAACAGAAGACCAUGUGAAGGAAGGACUACAGCGAUCCCAUAUCCUGUAUGACCGAGCAGGUGAAGAGCAUUACAACUGUAUUUCUGCACUUCAUAAAUCUAUGCGAGGCUCAGAUGAAAAUGCUUCCCUUUACUGGCUUGCCCGAAUGCUCGAAGGUGGUGAGGAUCCCCUGUAUGUGGCAAGAAGGCUGGUGAGAUUUGCAAGCGAAGAUAUAGGACUGGCAGAUCCUUUGGCAUUAACACAAGCAGUUGCUGCAUACCAAGGCUGUCAUUUUAUUGGAAUGCCAGAAUGUGAGGUCAUACUAGCCCAAUGUGUAGUCUACUUUGCUAGAGCACCCAAGUCUAUUGAGGUGUACAGUGCAUACAGUAAUGUCAAAGCAUGUUUGAGAAACCACCAGGGACCACUUCCACCUGUUCCACUGCACUUGAGAAAUGCCCCAACCAGGCUCAUGAAGGACUUGGGCUAUGGUAAAGAUUAUAAAUAUAACCCCAUGUACCAGGAACCUGUAGAGCAAGAAUAUCUGCCUGAAGAGCUGAAAGGAGUGGACUUUUUUAAGGGACAAAAAAUGUAAUAGUCUUACUGUGCCUUUAUUAAAAAAAAAAAAAAAUUUUUUUUGCAGUUGAGUUGAAAAUCUCUUCUCACUUCAGACAUAUGCCUGCUGGCAUGACAUGAUGAACCUAUUGGGCCCAUGGUGACACUGUUGUCCUUCUGUUUUGUAAACAUUUUGGAGGGUAUUUUAAAAACAAUCUACAGUUGUACAAAUUAGGAAACCAAAGGUGGCUUUUAUUAACUUAGUAACAUUUUGUGGUUGAAGCAACAUGGCUUUUGCCCUUUAAGGAAAAUAAAUGUAAUACUGAGGAGAACAGACUGAAACUGUCAGAACACCGCAAUGAAGGAAUAUUAUAUAUAUUUUAAAAGCCACCUUAAUUUACUUCCUAUUUUAAGGAUACUAUUUAAAAAAAACUGAAAUUGCACAGAAUAAAAUAUAAAAGCCUAUAGUAAAACAAAAUGUAAUUACAAUGUAAUAUUCAUUAUACUGUGUUUUAAACUGUUUUUGAUAUGACAAGAUGUCAUAAAUUAAUAAAACUCUUCCAAAAU